UUACCGAUUUUACCAUGUUUUUACCAGUUUUUGUGACUAAGCGACUUUAAGUAGAAACUGAAACGUUUUGGUGUCCUGGAUACGUAAAAACAUAAGUUUUUACGUUUUAAUGCGCGAUUUUGACUGCACCGAUUACAACAAUUUAAGUUCCAAUUUCCAAAUUGUGCAUGUAUUGUUUACAAUGCAUCGUUUUUUUGUUUUUUUAGCAGAAACAAUACAUGGAUUGUUAAUGUGAUGUGACAGAAACUAUCACUCAUUUUGAGUGAUUGUUAUAUCUCAACUUUUAGUUGUGAUUGUUGAGAUAGUUGAGUUGAGAUUGUUUUGUCUCAGCUUUUAGCUGAUGCGACAUACACAAUCACACAUACCAAACGUUGUAUUCUACAAUGCAUCAAAUUCGACAAUACAUGUAUAAUAUUAUACAUGCAUUCUCAACAAUACAUCUAUUUAACAAUCGCAACUUCCAAACGACCUUAAGGUUAGUUUAAGAGGUGAGUGAAUUGUAUACAUUCGGUUGACGAUUUUUUUUGACCGGUAUAUGUAUAUCAGAACCGAAUUCCCACCACCGGAGCCUAGAUACUUGGUCCAAUUCGGCCCGCAACCCCAAGUGGUUUUUCUCUCUCUCUCUAUCUCCGCAGUUCCCGGUUUCCAUUCGCUUCUUGUCUCUCGGUUUACGAGGAGGGGGCGGGAGGAGAGAGAGAGAUAGAGAGACGCAGGAAAGCUGAACGCAGCGAGCCAACCGAGAAACAGAAAUACCCGUUCCAAAAUACCGAAGCCAUAAGCGCCAAUAACAAUAGCCGCCUGCUGAAACUCCGUCGACGACCUCUCCGACUCCGACGCGAUAACGCUCUACCUACUCGCCCUAAACAUCGAAGAUUCGCCCUCCCGCACGUUGGCCACACCCCCUCACCUAUCGGGAUUUCAUUGCAUCACCUUCCUUUCCCUCCCUGUAAAUCCUCUCUUUCUCUUUCUCCCUCGCUCUGUUGUCUUCUGGUGUUCCGAUCCUUCCCUCUCUGCGGUAGUUUCUUUACUUAGUUUCUGAAACCUGAAUCCAAUUAGAUGGGCUCCGUUCUCAGCGAAAUUGUGCUCCUCGAGAUCGCGACGAAUAGUAUGAAUUUCUAAGUUAUCUGUUUGGUUCCUCGGAAAAGGAGAGGGAAAGAGUAAGCAAAAAAGAUAAUCUACAAUGCGCAUUUGAAAUUUCCAUACAUCUCGAGAUUUUCCUGUUGUAAAGGAAGAUAAAACCAGGCACUCUUAACGUCUGAUCUGUGCUUGGUGUGAGGGCAUCUGAAAAGGUGACAAAAGUAUUUUUCCCCUUUCCUUCUGGGGUUGUAUGUGCAUGCCAAUUUCUUCAAUCAUAAUAUGGUGGAAGUUUUCGUUUGUGUAUGUUGCUUAAGAGGCCAAAAUCCCAUACAAAGACCAGAGUAUGUUGAUUUGCACCAACAUCAUCGCGGGCGGGGCGGCGAUGAGAUUGCUUUUGUUUUGAUUUGAGCAUUGUGCUGUGCAUUUGAUCCUAUUGUGGAACUUCUAGUGUUUGAUGAUUGUUUGAUUUGUUUCGCUUAUGCAGGAGGCUUAUUUGGUACGUGUCUCUUGAUCUUUAACUGCGUAUCAGACGAUGAGAUCCUCAAAGGCUCGUCCUUGAAUGGUUGAAACACAUUUCCUUGUACUGUGAGGUUAGCUGUGUUCUCUUCAGAUCUGUUUUACUUCGAUUUUCUGGUAUUGUAUCCCUUUUCUUGUUCAUGUUGGGAUGGAUUCGGAUUCUUUUGCAUCUGAGCCUUCUUUGAUAUCCCAUAAAUUGUGGAGCUAGUCUUGGGGAGCAUGGAAUGCACAAUAUCCAUGUCACUUUGAAGUAGAAGACAAUCUGCAUUUUGUUUUUGCUAGAGACGUAAGCCUCCAUUAACAGUCCGUUAAAUAAUGUUUCAUACAGAUUCUGCAACAUCAACUUAAGCAGUACAGAAUCUGCUUAGUCUGGUAGAUUUGGCCAGUGGAGAUAUUGUCUUAUUUAAAAACCUUAAUAGACAUGAUUUAUGAGCCAAUGUUGCCUUUAAACAAAUUAUGUUGUCUGUGAACUGGUUUGGUAAAGUUUCUGUCUGAAGCUUUGCUGCAUGCUUGGCUUGGUUGAAAGCAUUCAGGUCAUCUAUUGAGAUGGAGCAGCGUACAGAAGCUUCCCCUAUUGUGAAAACCGAGGCAGAUGAAAACGCUACUCCAAGCUUCAAAGAUUAUGUCCAGCAAGCCAUUCAAAGGAUCAUUGACAUUUCUUCUUCCUCAGAGGAGGAUGACUCCGAUGAGCCUCUUGAAGAUGUGGAUAGCCAAGCUAAGGAGAAUAGUGCAAACAAGCAGCUAGUGCUUUAUGAUCCUGUUGCUAGCAGUAAUAAUAGCGAGCUUGACACUAAUCCCGAACCAAUCCAGAGCAGAGCCCCAAUGCUUACUAGAUAUACCCCUCGAGUUAUGCCUAAAGUUUUGCCAUCUGUAGGUGCUUUCACAGUUCAAUGUGCCAAGUGUUUCAAGUGGAGGCUCAUCCCAACAAAGCAGAAGUACGAAGAAAUACGUGAACAUAUACUGGAAAGGCCAUUUUAUUGUGAAUCAGUUCAAGAAUGGAGACCUAAUGUGUCAUGUGAUGACCCUGAGGACAUUUCUCAAGAUACCGGCAGACUCUGGGCAAUCGACAAACCAAAUAUUGCCCAGCCACCUCCAGGAUGGCAACGCUUACUACAUAUCAGGGGUGAAGGCAGUACCAAGUUUGCUGAUGUGUACUAUAUGGCACCCUCUGGAAAGAAACUCCGCUCUAUCGUUGAGGUUCAUAAGUACUUGGCUGAUCACCCGGAAUUUGCAGAAGGUUUAUCCAUGUCGCAAUUUUCAUUCCAAACUCCAAAACCAUUGCAAGAAAACUAUGUCAGGAAGCGACCUCGUUUACCACCUCAAACUGAUAAUCCCAGACUUCUACAACCAGCGGAAGCGACUCCUCUGUCAAUGGUUCCUCCAGAGAACUAUGUAGAUCUGAAGCUGGGCAUGCCGCCGCUCUUGCCUCCACAAUUGUUGCCUCAGGAACCUGCUUCUGAUUGUGCCGGUCAACAGGCAAAGAAGCCAAGAACGUCCUGGAAAGACAUGUACUGUGAUGAAAGUUCAGUUUAUAACAACCAAUGUCAGCCGACAGUAGGAGAGCCGAGUCAAUCUGUAAAUGAUGGUUUGAGUCUUUGAAACCUCUUCUCCUUGAAAAUUCUUGCAUUCCUUGGUUGCAAUAUUUUUUGGUCACAGGCUUUAUCUUUUGUUUACCGGAAGUAAAGAACAUAUCGGAAC